GGUAUUCAGUUGUCUUUUUUUAAUGAAAAUUUUCAUCAAGGACACAAAAAUCAGGCUGUUUCUUAAAGAAAGAAGCUGUUGGAAGGACUGGGGGAGUGUGGCAGCUUGACAGGGACUCCAGGAAAAUGAGAGCGAAACCAAUUAAUUCAGGAAAAACAAUUCUUGUACUGUGCAUUAUCAGCUUCAUCGCAGGCUCGCUGUUUACUAGUCGGACAUGGAAUCAUUCUUCAACUUCACAAACAAAGGAUCAUCAGAAUAUUCCUGUCGUUUCUCAUUAUAUGAAGAAGCUGCAGGAAGUGAAACGAGAUUGCGAUCACAAGCGUAAAUUGGCUGAAGGAAAACCUGGGAAUAUCAUCGGAGAAGUUAGGAAGACCCAUCAAGCAAUCAAGUCGCUUCAGAAUACAAUUUCAACGUUAGAAAUGGAGCUAACAGCAGCUAAAACAAGCAAAUCAAGCAGCCAACUUUCACUAGAAAGAUCCACAAAUCACUCUCUGCAAAAAGCAUUUGUUGUAAUUGGAAUUAACACAGCAUUCAGCAGCAGAAAACGCCGAGACUCAGUUCGAGAAACUUGGAUGCCAAAAGGAAACAAAUUGAAUGAACUAGAGAAAGAGAAAGGGAUUGUGAUAAGGUUUGUGAUAGGACACAGUGCGAGACCAGGUGGAUUUCUUGAUAAAGCAUUAGACUCAGAAGAGGAAGAAUACAAAGACUUCCUUAGGUUGAAUCAUGUGGAGGGUUAUCAUCAACUUUCCACCAAGACUAGAUUAUACUUCUCCACGGCGGUGGCUAUAUGGGACGCCGAGUUCUACGUCAAGGUAGACGACGACGUUCAUGUCAAUUUAGGUAUGCUAGCUACCACUCUAGCUAAAUACCGAUCCAAGCCUAGGAUUUACGUCGGCUGCAUGAAGUCUGGUCCUGUUCUCUCUCAAAAAGGAGAAAAGUAUCAUGAACCAGAGUACUGGAAAUUUGGAGAAGAAGGGAACAAAUACUUUCGACAUGCAACUGGCCAAAUUUAUGCCAUCUCUAAGGAUCUUGCUUCUUAUAUCUCUAUUAACUCACCAAUAUUGCAUAGAUAUGCAAACGAAGACGUUUCACUGGGGUCGUGGUUCAUCGGAUUGGAAGUUGAACACGUGGACGAGCAUUCCAUGUGUUGUGGGACCCCUCCAGAUUGUGAAUGGAAGGCCCAAGCAGGAAACAUAUGCGUGGCGUCCUUCGAUUGGGGAUGUAGCGGAAUAUGCAAAUCAGUGGAGAGGAUGAAGCGAGUACACAAUUCUUGUGGAGAAGGAGAAGGAGAAGGGAGUGUUUGGAAGAUUGAUGUUUUCAAUUAA